GAGUUUUAUAUAGAGAAGAGUUUCAUAGCGCGUUUGACUUUCGUGACGUGAUGUAGAUAUGGCGGGGGGGAAUUUAAGGGGGAAAAACGACAGAAAACGCGUAAACAGAGAGUCAACAUGUAAACAGGCCACUCGCGAGACAAACAACGUGGGGGCCAAUAUUGCUUUUACCACUACUACAUAACCACUCUGUGUUCUAUAAUUUUAUUUCAUUCUAUGUAUAAUAUUAAAAUAUAUUUAUAUAAAAACAAAAAAUUUUUCAUCAUUUCAUUCGUGAUGACCUAGAGUCGAGCUCGUUUUUUUUUUUUCAAAUACACAAAUUUUUUAAAACGUAUUUUUAUAUUUUGACAGUUCAAUUGGAUAUAAUUAAAUAAAUUUUAACUUACAAGUGAUUGUUUCUAAUUAUUUUCGUAAAAUUAUAUAAGCGGAAAAUUCAAGUGUAAAUUCACGUUUAAUUUUUGAAAUUUAUAAUUGUGGUUGUUUUUUGUUCUUAUUUUUUAAAAUUGUUUUUGAGUGAUUAGUUUGUGUUUGAUUUAUUGAUUUAAUGAUUUAUUGUGAAUCAGUGAGGCAUUGCCUAUUUGUGUAAUUUUAUUUCAUUAUUAUUUUUAUUUUUUAUUCGUUGUUGUUGUUGUUGAUGUUGUUGUUGUUUGUGAGUUAUUAUUAAUUUUUUUUUGUGCUCACUCGGUGGAUUUAUUUAUUACUCUGAAAGACGCCGAGACGAGUACAGGGGAUUGUGUGACAAGUUGAGGGGAAAAGGGAUAUUUAACGUCACCGCACGCCACGCGGUUCAACAGGUGCGGCGCGUCGCGUCAUUCUACAAGACGUCAGUGGUGCAUUGUUCGUUGGGUAUACUGAGAGACGUCAUCGUGGCUCAUUGACGGGCAUAUAGGUGAAAAUCCCUUCGACACUGGAUCCUGGGGAAAGGAACACUUUCAGCCAACCACGGCAGCUUGGCAGCUGAAUCAACGCAGUCACACUCGACCUAAUGACGAUGGCAUAAUGGAUCAUGACACGGACGGAGACGGCGCGAUCAACUUGUCAACGUCUCAGCGACCCUCCGCCUCGACCACCCCAAACGGUGACUUCGGCCAAGAUCAACAAGACAACGAUCAGGCAUCAACACUGUAUGCAGCAUUGAAACAACAACAAUCAAGAGAAUCAUCCUGGGAACUUGAAAGAGAAAAAGAAAAACAAUUUCAACAAACAAGAAUACGAGAAAGAGGAGGUGGUGUUGAAGGUGGUGGUGGUGGUGGAGGAGAAGGAGAAGGAGGAGGUGGCUCUGAAGAGUCUGAUCAACAAGAUCUUACAAUUGAAUAUAGAAGCAAUGGAAAACUCAGUCCACCUGGGCAACAUUCAUUGACAACAGCAUCCAUGACUCAGCAAAAGCAACCGAUAAUUACCCAACAUUCUCAGCAACCGAGCUCAGGUACGCCCGGCUCACAGCCGAGUCCCCAUCAAAGUCCCCAAGUACCACAACGAGCUUCACCACCAAAUUUAAAUCAAGGAGCAUUACAACCAGGUGGUACACCUGGUGCUCCACCAAUUCACAAUUCUACCCAGAUGAUGCUAAGCCCAGCAAGUGGUCUUCAUCAAAUGCAGCAAUUACUACAACAACACAUACUCAGUCCAACACAGCUGCAAUCAUUUAUGCAGCAACACACACUAUAUCUACAGCAACAACAACAACAACAGCAACAGCAACAACAUCAGCAACAGCAGCAACAACAACAUCAACAGCAACAACAACAGCAGCAACAACAACAACAGCAACAUCACCAGGAAUCGUCUUCCGAGCAUGCCUCCAGUCAAGAACGCUUUGGCUACUUCUCAUCCCUGAAGAACCAUCAACAUCAACUUGCAGAACUUGGAAGAAAACAACUUGAACAAAAUUUACAACAGUUACAAGAACAGUUACAGCUAAAUCUCAUUCAACAAACACAUUUACUGCAAACAGGUGAUAAGAAAAAAACAUCAGUACCAUUACAACAACUUGGUAUUCAACAACAACAAAUAAUACAACAGUUACAAAUAACACAAAGACAAUAUCUACUUCAACAAGGUCUUAAUCUUCAAGGACACAAUCAUUCAUCAGUUAAUUUAUCAAAUGAAGUAUUACCAAAAUGGGGAUCAUCAGAAUCAUCAGAAGGUACGGAACUUCAUCAAAAUUUAAAUAUUUCAAAAUCAUCAAGUGGAUUAAAUGGUCUUAUAAAUUCAAUAGUAUCAAGUAGACGAUCCGAGCUAAAUGGUACGUCAGGUGUAGAUGAAAAACCUCUAGAUGUAUCCUGCAAUGACAAAGCACAUCCCCUUUAUGGCCAUGGGGUUUGCAAAUGGCCUGGCUGUGAAGUGAUCUGCGAAGACUACCAAGCAUUCCUCAAGCACCUCAACACCGAGCACACACUAGAUGACAGAUCAACGGCGCAAGCAAGAGUACAAAUGCAAGUUGUUUCUCAAUUAGAGAUACAAUUACAAAAAGAACGUGACAGAUUAACAGCAAUGAUGCAUCAUCUUCAUGUAGCAAAACAAAUGGCAUCACCUGAACCACCAAAAUCAUCAGAAUCAUCGACGGGCUCGAGUUUACCAAAAUUAGGAUUAUCAUCAGGAAUGAUGAAUCAACCACCACAAAAUUUUGGUGUAUCACAAGUAUCACCAGUUUCAAUGUCAGCACUUGUAUCAGCAGUUAGAUCACCAGCUGGUGGACAAUUACCACCAUCAAUUGGUGGACCAAUGCCACCAAUGACAAAUAUGACAGGUAUACCAGGAAUGCCACCAAUGCCAAAUAUGCCUGGUGGUAUGCCAAGUAUACCUGGUGGUAUGGCCAGUUUAGCUGGACCCAUUAGAAGAAGAAUUAGUGAUAAAUCAGCACUAUCACUUGCUGGUGGCCAGUUUGAUGAGGGGACUGUAAGGCGCCGGGUAUCCAUCGAUAGAUCUGGCAUAGAUAUUAAUGAAGAAAUACAACGGAAUAGAGAAUUCUACAAAAAUGCAGAUGUCAGACCACCUUUUACGUAUGCUUCAUUAAUAAGACAGUCAAUAAUUGAAUCACCGGAUAAGCAGUUGACGCUCAAUGAAAUCUACAACUGGUUUCAAAAUACGUUUUGCUACUUUCGGCGGAAUGCCGCAACGUGGAAGAAUGCCAUCCGCACCAAUCUAUCAUUGCACAAGUGUUUUGUGCGCUAUGAGGACGACUUUGGGUCAUUCUGGAUGGUGGACGACGCCGAGUUCGUAAAGCGACGGCAUCUGUCCCGCGGCCGUCCCAGGAAAUAUGACCCAACCCCAUCACCCACUCCACCCCACCUCUCCGCACAGGGUGUGCCAUCAAAGAGUCCAACACUGACGCACAGCCCGACAAUGUAUGGAGACGCAUUGAGUGCAAACCUCCAGUAUUUCCAGGCUGCGUUAGGUGAGUCGAACAUGGGAUUUUUAAAUAAUUCAAUGUGCACGUCGACGGCAACGAGUCCAGACAAGGAACACGUAAUGCCACACCAUGAUAUGCUAAGAUCACCACUGGAUGAACCAGGAAUGCAUAUAAAACAAGAGGGUCAGUGUCCAGAGGGUGGUAAAUUAUCAAGAUUAAUAAAACGUGAAUUAAUGGAAGCACCAACGGAACAUGAUCACGAUGAUGAUGAUACUAUUGAUGACAGAGAAUAUCCAGAAAGUCAUGAUCAUGAUUCUGGUCAAGAUGAAGAUAUGGCAGAAGAUUUAUCAAUGGCACCAGAUAUUAUGACAUCAGAUGAUCAAAUUGAAGCGUAGUAUCAUAGAUAAAUAUUAUCCCCUCCAUUAUUUAUUUGGCACUGAUUAAAAUAAUGCCAAAAAUAAAUAAAUAAUAUAAAUUAAAUUUACAAAAAUUAAAUGAAGAAUGUUAUAAUAUUUCCAUCAGCCCAAAGUAAAUAUUAUACAACAGCAAUAUAGCUAAUUCAUAAAAUUUCAUUUUAAGAAUGAUUAAAAAUAAUAAUUAUUAUAAAUUAAUUAAUUAAAGUCACUUACCAUAUCUAAAUCGCAAUAUAUCGAAAAAAAAUUUUUUAAAAAAAUAAAUAAAAAGCGGUUAUAAAGACUUUAUUAAGUGAAUGAACUAGCGAUUGUACUCAAUUUGAUGACUAGAAAAAGGGAAAAAAAUUUUUAAAAAAUAAAAAUUAUAUUAACUUGAGAGAAUAAUAAGAAUGAAUCUGAGAUUUUAAUAAUCUUAUGAUCCAUUGAUCCAUAUCGUUAUUCAAGCAAUUUAUUGAUUUUUAUUUAAAUUUAUUAUUAUUAUUUUUCAUUUAUAAAUUAUAUAAUGUAAAACUGACAACGAUUUUUAAUAAUUUUAUUUUGUUUUAUUAUUAUUAUUAUUUAGAUUUGUAAAUUCUUUAGUUAUUGUGUAUAUUUAUUAUUAAAAAUUGUAGUAUAGAUAAACUAUCUAUUGAUUAUAUAUAUAUAUAAAUUAUAAAUAUACGUGUAGAUUAUUUAAAUUAAUGUUUGAACAACCAGUGAUCAACGAUGAUGUUUUUAAAUAUAGGAAUAUUCUGGAUUAAUAAUUUUAUUAUAUAUUAAUAUAAUGAAAGCUUUAUCAUUAUUUAAAAAAAUAUUGUGUCAUAUCCAGAUGGCCUAAUUUUCACAUCAAACUUGUAGAUAAUAAAAUUAAAAAAAAAAAUAUAUAUAUACAUUUUAAAAUACAAGAUUAUAAAUACUAUAGCAAAAAAUAAAUUCAAUAAAUGCCAGUUUUAAUUUAUAUAAUUUAAUAUAAAAAUUUAACAGUCAUAGGGCAUAUCGGUUUUUUUUUUAAAUUAUUUUUUUCGAUAACUCUAUGAAAUAUUGAAAAUAAAUUUGAUAAAUUUGUCUUUUUAGACUUACUGCAUAAUUUUAGAAUGUAAAUUUUUCAUUAAAAAGAAAAAAUAAAUAAAUCAUUGAUAUAUAUAUAUAUUUCCUUUUAUCAUGUUUAAAGGUCCAAAAAUAUAUAUCUCCAUGUCUCUGUGAUUUUUUUAAAAAUAAUCAGAGAAUGUAGAAAUUAAUAUUUGUUGAUUAAAUAAUUGCAUAGCGAUAAUUUAUUAACAAAGGGAGGCCUGACAUACCCAUCAAUCAAAAUUUGACCAUCAAUAAUAACGAAAAAAAAAAAUAAAAAACGACAUAAAAUAAUAAAAUUAAGUAAAUAAAUGAACAUUUUUUUUUGUAGCCUGUAUAGCUUAGCGUUUUAUUCAAUAAGUAGUUUCGUAUUCAUUCGUACUGAACUAAUUGAAGUAGAUUUGUAAAUGAUUAAAAUUGACGGUGACAGUGAGCGAGACUAUACAGUGAUUAAUAUAAUGAGUGCACGUACACGUGAGGCUGAUAUAUUAAAAAAAAAAACAAAAUGAAUAAUAAAUUAUUAUAAAAAACAAAAACAAUAAAAGUGGUAAUCAUUUAACUUUUGGCAAACCAUAAAAGAAAAUAAAAUACAGUAAAAUAAAAAUAAAACAAAUUGUGUGAGUGAAAAUUUAAGGAAAAAAUAAAUAAAUAAACGAAAAUAAAUUUAACAUUACAUAAGAGAAAAUGUGAAAGAAUAAUAUAAUGAAAAUAAAAUAAAUAAUGAAAUGUGAGUGUGAUAAAUUUUAAUAUAUAUAAAUACGAGAGUUUUAAUUAAGACAUAAGCUCGAGCGGAUGGCAAUGAAUAAAACUAAAUAAAAAAAAUUUUAAAAUAUGUAUUGAUAUACAUAAUAAUGCGUAUACGUUUAUCGGGAUAUAACAAUUAGAUGUCACAAUCCCAAAAUUCAAAAUGAAAUCUCAUCCCAACCCUUUAUCAUCUUAUAUUCAUCUUUAAAAAAUAUAAAAUUAAAAAAUAUUUCGCAAUUAUUUGGCGAAAAAAUAAAUAACUUGACCAUAAAAAAAUAAUUAAAUAAAAAAAUAAAACAAUGUUAAGAUUAAAAAAAAAUAUAUCAAUAAUAAAUUGUCCAUAACAUUUUCAUAUUAUUAUUAAUAAUAAUAAUAAAAAAUAUAUCGCUGUGUAACAUAACAGCACCAGUCAUCAUUUGUCAACAGAAAAAAAAAAACAAAAAAGAAAAACACAUUUUGUAAUUGUAAAUCUUAUCGUUUUUUUUUUUAAACAUAAAAAAAAUUGCAUUGUAUAUUUUCACAUCACUACCGAAUGGGUAUUAUCAUUGUUUAUCGUUCUUUACCGUUUUUUCAUAUAUUAAAUUCAAAUAUAAACAUUGAUAGCUGAAAAAUAAAAAAUGCAACGUAAAAAUGAAACUGAAAAAUCAGCAAUUAAACAUUUAAAAUUAAUAAAAAAAGAAAAUAAUUAUUAAUAAUGGUACUGAAAUCACACUUCAUUAUACUCUAUUCAUUUAUUUAUUUGAUUUUUUUUUUCGUUGAAUUUUAUUCAAGUUAUAAUAUAAAAUUAUUUGUUUGUCAAGAAAAUACAUUUUUUAUAAUUAAGCUGCGUUUCCCGUGACUCAUUAAUACAGAGACCUUUAUAUUUGUAUAUGUUACAGAAAAGAAAAAUAGGAAAAAACAAGUUAGAAAAAAAAACAAAAUAUUAAUAAUAAAAUAAAAUAAAUAUACAUAUAAAUAUUAAGUAUAUAUAUAAAUAAUGUGAGAUUCAGUGCCAGCUCGAGCCUCAGUUUCCACAAAUCGUACUACCCACAUACUCUAAGUCUAUGUAAUGUAUAAUGAAUUAAGGACUCGAUAUACCAUAUAGAAAGACUCUUCUGUACAUAGUUUUUGAAGGUAAAAAUACCUCAAAAAAAAAUAUGAAAAAACAAAAAAAUAAUGAGGCAUUAGGAAUUAAUGAAAAAAAUAAAACACACACACACAUUUUAAGAUCGACAUUUUUUUUUUUUUUUUGCGAUAUGUUGCAUCCUUUACCUUGCAUUUGAUUGUAUAAAUGCUUGAUAAGAAAAAAAAAUUCAAGAAAAUUAAAAACUUGUUGAAACAUUAUUUCUUUUACAUUAUUAACAUUGUCAUUUAGUUUUUUAAAUAUUUGUUAAUAUAGAAAGGAAUAAAAAUUUAAAUUCAUAUAAAAUUAUCAAGCAGAGAAACGAAAAAAAAAAACAAAAAAAAAGAGGAAAGAAACAACAUAAAUCAUUUAUUGAUUAUUGAUGCAUUUUGGUUUUAGACUGUGAUCAUAUAUGCGCAAUGCGCCCAAAAUUGGCUCGUGAAGUUUAAAAAAAAGAAUUUUUUUCAACAAUUUAAUUAUACAUUUGAAUUAUUGUGUUUGAAUGUUUCUGUAGAAUGAGUAUUGAAUAACAAGGAGCAACCAUAUCAGCUAUGAAAAAUAAAAAAGAAAAAAAAUUAAAUAAAAAAAAAAAAAAAAUGCGCGUUAGAUAAUAAAUAGUGCCAAAGCUUUGCUGAUAUAAAUUUUUAAUUUUAUUUUAUCCUUAAAUAAUUUAUCAAUAUGAAAUCCUACCUUAAUUUAUUUCCAUCAACUUGUAGCUACGAAAAAAAAAUUUAAAUAUAUUUUAUUAAUGUGUUAAACUGACAGUAGAACUUUGUGUUUUCGUCAGACAGCGCAUGAUACUAG